AUGGCUGAACUUGCACGCACGCUCCCAGCCUCCUGGUAUUGUAGCCUCCCGCUCUAUCAGCUCGAGAAACGGGCUGUGUUCUUGAAGGCUUGGUAUUUGCUCGGUCCUGUGACGAGAUUCCGCAAUGUUGGCGAAAUAGUGAACUAUGAGAUAGCUCAGCAGCCAAUACUGGCGGUUCGGGGUUUUGAUGAAGCUGCUUUGCCUACCUUUAAAGAAAUUAAGGUCAUGUGUGCGAGAACGGCAUGUCGAGAGCGGCCUUUGCGUCAUCAUGUUACUCCCACGGGUCUUCUCUUUGCGACCCUGUCUGAUGAUGCACCGAGUUUCCACGAGUAUUUCCCAGAGUUAGAGCCGUUGCUUCAAAGAGUAGAUUUCACCAAGCUACCACUCAGGCGCAGCAUCAAGUACGAGGGGCGUUUCAACUGGAAGACGAUGGUUGAUGGCUAUCAAGAAUGUCUACACUGUCAAUAUACGCAUCCAUCGUUUUCGGUGUACUAUCCUCCUACCUGGUACAAAGUUCACAACCACAAGAACUUCUCACAGCAUAUUGCAGACCCCAAGAAACCAGAUGAUGGCCUAUUCCUUUACUUCUUCCCGAACUGCACCUUGAAUGUGUACGGCGGAGGAAUGUCUUCAUUUCGGGUUUGCCCAACGGAGGACCCCAAUGUAAGCCGAAUGGAGUUCGACUACUACCACAUGGAGACUGGCGAGAAAUUCGAAGAGUACUAUCGAUUUGUACGCCAGGUAGCUACGGAAGACUAUGAGCUGUGUGAAAAGGCACAGGAAAAUCUUACCAAAGGCGUAUACCGCGAGGGAAUCCUGAAUCCCGAAAAGGAGAAUGGUGUAUCUUUCUACCAAGGUCGCGUGUUUGAACUUGUUUGCCAACAGCAUGCAUUGGAUCGGUUGCAGGAGGCCAAAGUCGAAGCCAAACCGGCAGGCCAAGAGCCAGCAUUGGGAAGCAUUCAGACAGCUGCGUGAUCGACCGACCUGGUUGGAGACCGGAGAAUGGCAACCGGACCGACGGUGGAGAGGUGGCUGAUGCUGAUGCUGAUGCUGCAGUUUAAAAUUGCCCUUUCAAGCACUAGGUAGAGAUAAGGCCGUAGCACGUCUAGCAGCAUUAAUAGAACACAACCUAAUCCACGAGAAACGAAUGAAUGGACGAGCCUACUCCUUUUGGCCAUUAAUUAUUAGCAAUGCUUCAGGAAAACUGCACCAAAUCCGGCAAGUCGCAUGAAGAGGGGGGGGGGGAUUCAGAGCUAAAUCUGCCGCUCAGUUAGUCUGAUCGAUGCCAA